UUCUCUUUCUUCAAAGGAGUAGCAGGCUUGACCCUCUAUCUGCCACCCAAUUUCUUUUUGUAAUAUCACUCAACCAAGUGGUAAUGGACAUCUGAGCCAAUAGAGCGACACCUUGAUAACCUGGAAUGAACAUUUGCAAUACUCCAUUUCUGAGGAGACCCAACUUUUAAGCAAAUCUGGUAAUAUUGAAGAUUAAUCCAAGAAAACAACUCUUAGCGUGAGCCCUGGGAUCGGCAUGGAAGCAAACAAAACGCUUACUCCUUUGAUUUCUCCUUCUAACUCUACCAUUUCACUAGAACCUAGAACUAUCUUCAUCUCUCCUUCUAUGCCUUCUAUGCCCUCUCGCACAUCUAUACCUUCCGUCAUGACUCCCACCCGCCUUUCCCCUGCCUCUUCUGUUGUAACUAUCCCCAAAUAUAAACCUGGCAGUAAAAUCCCUCCAUGUGCCUCUAGAUCGGCACCUACAUUCCCAACUGCACAGACACCAGUAACGAUCCCUAAACAUCCACACCAUGGCAACAUGACUUCUAAAAUUCCUUUUCAUUGUAACUUGACACCUAUCUCAGAAUAUCCUCCUGUCACUAAAUCUGCUCCUAUAACCACAACAUUUCCUGUUAUACCAACCCGUAAAUUUCCCUCUAGCUGUAGCUUAGCCUCUACUUUGUCGUGGGCAUCUAGCUUAAAAGCAGCCAGUGUUCUCUCCCCAUCCCCUUCAUUUGUAAUUCCACCCACACCUGAAACAAUUGCCUCCAAAUCUUCGACACCGAGAUCUUUAUCUCCAUCUGAUUUUGCAGGUGUUAAUAAGGAUCCAUCUGAACCUUCUCCCAAAUCUGAUCCUGACCAGACAUCUACACCUAACUGUGCUGGAGAAGUUAUCCCCGGGAUUCCCUUUAAUUAUACCUGUGCUGCUACUUCAACACCUUCAGUUUUUCUUACUUCCAGAGCUACAUCGACCAAUGCAGUAUCUCUUGGGAAUCCUCCUAAUUGCGUCAGUAGCUCUCCCCCAUCGUGUCCACUUAGCCCCAAAUUGAUUCCAGCUAUCUCCAGAUCUAUCUCUUGUUUCUUAUUACGUGGACAUCCCUCUAGUUGUGCCUGUAUGUCUACCUCCACCUCUAUGCUUAAUGUCAAAUCUCCUCCCACAUCCAGAGCUACAUCCAUCUCUGCCUUAUUCUCCGGGAUUCCCUCUAACUGUAUCUGUAACUCUAUCUCCACAUCUACCUCCAAAUCUCCUCCUGUAUCUAAAGCUACAUCUAUCUGUGAGCUAAGCCCUGGGGUUCCCUGUAACUGCAUGUGUAACACUAUCUCACUGUCUCAAUUUAGCUCCAAAUCUCCUCCUACAUCCAAAGCCACAUCUACUUAUAACUCACCCAAAGAUUAUCCUUCUAACUGCAUCUCAGCUUCUACAUUUAGCCCCAAAUCUUUUUUUGCAUCUACAGCUACAUCUAUGUGUGAGGUACUCCCUGGGAUUCCCUCUAAUUGUAACUGUAAUUCUACCCCUACAUCUAGCCCCAAAUUUCCUCCUACAUCCAAAGCAACAUCUACCUGUGACUUAUUCAAGGAUCAUCCCUCUAACUGUAUCAGUAACUCUACCUCAACAUCUAUACUUAGCCCCAAAUCUAUUCUUGCAUCGGCAGCUACAUCUAUCUGUGACAUGUUCCUUGGGCUUCCCUCUAACUGUAUCCAUCCCUCUACUUCGACAGUUACAUUUAUCCCCAAAUCUCCUCCUGUAUCCAAAGCUACACAUACCUGUGACUUUCCCAAGGAUUAUCCUUCUAACUGUAUAUGUAACUCUACCUUAACAGCUCCACUUAGCCCAAAAUCUCCUCCUAUAUCCAAAGCUACAUCUACCUGUGCAUUAUCCUUUGGAAAUCCCUGCAAUUUUAUCGACAGCUCUACCUCAACACCUCCACAGAACCCCAGAUCUACUCCUAUCCCAAUACCCUCUAAAUCCACACCUAAAUAUCACUGUAUACUUUUCCCUCAGGAAGCUCAUUUUACCUCUGCUGUUACCUCAACAUCUCCAUUGUUCCCAAGAUCUAAUCCACCUAUCGUCACAUCUCCCUGUACUUCUCCACAUUCUUAUCGCUCUGAUGGUAUUUUAGCUUCAAAAUAUGCUCCUGCCUCAGCACCUUCUACAUUUUCUUCUAAAAAUACUCCUGUAUCUAUGUCUAUACCUGAUUGUAAAUCUGUAGGUACUUCAAUAUCUAUACCCCUGCAGAAAUAUACUCCUCGUUCUCCAUCUCCCUCUAAACAUACACUUAGGUCCACAGCUGUGCCUAUGACUUCAUGUGUUUCUGCAACUACCUCUACAGCUACACCUAUUUACACAUCUACAAUUCCAGCUGUAGUCACUUCUGACUUAGAAUCUUCCUCUAAAUCUAUGCCAUCUAUCAUUUUCCCACUCUUUCCAUUUAACUUUACACCAUCCCCUCCUACUACCCAUAAAUCUGACUCUUCUUCUCUCAGCCCUGAAGCCUCAUUGACACCUGAAUUUCCACGCAAAUUCAUGCCUCUCUCAACAUCUGUAUGAGCAACAACUAUAUCUAUGUCUACUUAGACUUUUCGCCUCCAUGGUGUAUGCACCAGGAUCCUGCCAACUCAAAAAUGCUGACAGGAGCUGGGGUAUAAAGAAAACAAAGCAAAGCAGACCUGGCGCACACAGUUGGACUUUAACAAGAAUCAGUGAAAUACACGGAAAUGACUCCUGAAAUAUGUUGGAUUUUGUUGGGGAAUCUCAGCUUCCUGUUAGUUGUUCCCUUGUUUUGUGGGAGUUUAGUUUGGCUCUUCAACACUUUUCCUGAUCUGAAAAACAUCAGUUCCUCUCUAGAGUCGUCUCUGUCAUUUGCUUUCACUGUGAGAUACUUCAAAAUUUGGAUGCCCUUCCUAGUGGAGAACUGGAAUCUCAGUCACUAUUGGAACUAUCUACCAUGAGAAUCUGUUGUUGGUCCCUGCAUACUGUGCACCUGGACUGCACUUAACUGAUUGGUGAGAAAAUCUGGAUGUCUGGCAUUCUGCAGUGAGGCAAGAAAUACCUAGCCAUAUUGAUGAAAAACACAGAACCAUGAAAACAGGUGAUACACAGAACAAAGGAAUAAUGAGGACUAAAGUAAAUAACCUGAAUGUUCCUGACAACAGUGGUCAUCAGAGUUCUGUAAGAGAAGAAUUCAGAUCGGAUCCCAUCAAUGACAUACCAUUACUUCACAUUGGAACCUUAGGAUUGAAGGCAAGUUGCUUGAUAUCCUGCCCUGACUUGACCCUAUUUGUGAAUCUGUAUGAUCCAAUGAGAUGGGACAUACCACUGCCUGUGGAUAGGGUUUUCCUGUCUUUGCCUUUGGCAGAAUGGAGUUUCCUUGAAAAACCUUGCUUAUAUCUCUAUGCUGUUGUUACAGUUGCCUGAUAUCCUGAUAUCCUUGACCUUAUUUGUGAACCAACAUGAUCCAAUGAUGUGGGAUAAACCAUUGACUAUUUUCAAUUUUCAUCUCUGACUAGACCGUGAGCAACAAGACAGCAAGGUACAAGGCUUAUGCUUCUCCAUCUCCCCCAAGGCCUAGCACAAGUGUGUGUGACCCCUUUUGGGCUCCACAAGAACAAGUUUGCACACAGCAAUUUCUCCAUUUUGGGUGCCUUCUCUUCAAUUCUGGUUUCCUACCAUCUUUGUGACUGACUUUUCCUGGUACCUUCGUUCCCAAGGAAGAUCGAUUUCCUGCCUUUAAAUUUUUAUCACCUCUAGAAUGAAUCCCCUAUACCCACUACUGGAUCUCCCAGAUGCUGACCAUUUGCCUGUUUGGAUUGCCGAUUGACAGUUUGCUUCUUGGACCCCACCAAUUACCCAGUUACCUCAUCCCCAAUGCAUGGAAUCCUUGGAUAACAGACCCAUUUUGGACUUUUGGCAAAUGAUACACAUCAUUCCCAUCUUUUCCUCCCCGGACUUUGGGAUUUGAUUUGGACUUUUGGCAAACACCUUUCUUUCUUCUAUAAUUCCCCUGCACCCCCAUUCAAUACCACCACCCCCAUUUCCACCCUUAAACUUACCCUCUGAGGACUCUCUCCAGUCCAAGACCUUCUUUCCUCUUUAUGUCACUGAAUACCUUUUUCUCAUGUAGUCAGACUCUGGCUCCCAGAUUCUGCCGCCUAGGCUUCAAUCAACCCUACAGAUCUACUUGGACUACUGGUCACCACCCCAUGUGUUCUGUUGUUGCUUAUGCCAAGGUUCUGAUUUUUGUUAUAUGAUCUAUGAGGCAAAAUGUCAAUCUCAUUUUCUGAUAUUACACCAUUACAGCCUAAUUCAAGGCUUAAAUGCUAUUUUGCCUCCAAGGCCUCAGUGACUCCCCAUUAAAAAUUAAAAUAUCCCAGGGAGGAUUUGCACCUAAUAAUAA